AUGAAAUCUCAAAUAUUUAUUCUACUUUUACUGAUCAUUAACGUCUUUUUCUUUCAACCAACACAUCAACAUCGUCUCUCAAAACGUGAACUAACUGAAUAUGAUUUAACCAGUUUCAUUGUCAGUACAUGUUCAGGCGAUAAAACCGACAUGUUUAUCCAGAAUCUGUGCGAUCAAACAUUGCAGUCGGCACUUAUGGGUAAUUUUCCAAUUCUGAUCUAUUAUUGUCAAACAAUCGGUGCCGGAAUGAGUUAUUGUAAUAAUAUCAACCGACACACGGUUAGUAAUCAGAAUGCUGGAGCUAAGAGGUUUGUUUCUCGCCGAUUUGCCCGAAGUCUCAAUGAAGACAACAAAUUGUAUCAUAAAGGACAAGAGAUCGGUAAUGAGGUUGACCUUGAAGAAAAAUUGAUUAUGCAACUGUGUAUGACAAAGACAGAGAAAAGUUCAGUGGGUACGGAUAAAUUUUGCAAUCAAAUAUUAUAUAAAGUUCUGCAAGGACAAUAUCCUGAAAUCAAACGUUUUUGCAAAUAUCACCCAGGCUUCGACUAUUGUCGUCGUAUACAGUCUUAUUCAUUAUUACUCUUUUGGUCAUCACCAAAAUCAUCAUCUCUCUUAUCAUCAUCACCAAAAGAUUCUAUUACACCUGAUGUUAACCCUUGGUUUGUGCCAUCGUCAGCAUCCAAAUCGUCUGACAUUGAAUCAUUCAUCGAUCCACAAAGGAUCAAUAAGGAAAAAUAA